AUGGUUCGCCGGCAACCCCCCGUCCACCACACCUCUAUCCGGGCGGACCAUGGUUCGAAAUCCAAACCUAAUCGAGUACACGUCGGCAUUAAGACCCUCGACAAGAAGCCCUCUCAACGAGGCACGCAACACAACAGAGAUAUUCGAGGCGAACCAUGCCGGUCAAUAAUGCCAACUUUCAACGGCAUUGUGUCUGAGUUCCCAGACAUAAGAAUUGAAUUCAACACCCGAGCAAUGUCAACCUUUAACGGAAUAUGUCUGGGAACUCAGACACACAACCGGUCAAUAAUGCCAACUUUUGACGGCAUUGUGUCUGAGUUCCCAGACAUUAGAAUUGAUUUCACGAACCCCGAGGAUCGCUCUCCCAGCCCAGUCCAGCAGAAUGAAAACGACCCAAGCAGAGUUGGCCUCGCAGUAUUUAAUAAAUACUUCAGUAUCUUUAAACUCGACACUCAAUCCGCCAAAGCACAAGCUCGCUGGACAAACCCUCAACCCAACAACGAAGAUCACCAAGAAGGUCCCCCACGAAAGAAAGCCAGAACCAGCACUAACCACCUGAGCAAUGUCAACUUUCAACAGAUUAUGUCUGGGAACUCAGACACACAAAUGACCGCACCCACGCCUUCUGAACCUCGACUGAUUUUGCCCCACACAACAAAAGCAACAGCAGCAGCGAAAACACACGAGAGCUACUACCGCAACUAUCAAAAUGUCAUCAUCACGCAAGCGACCGGCCGAAACUGCCCCGAUCCCGCACCGGCGACGAAGAAACGCGGUCGCCCCGCGAAAAACAGCAUCGAAGAGAGCGCGACAGCGCGUGAGUUUGCCGAAAAGAUCUCGGAGAAUACGAGAGCCUUCCGAAGGGAGAAUGUCGACAGCUACGUCGGUGAGCUCAUUCGACCGCCUAGAGAUGGAUGGUCACAAGCCCACGAAGAUGCCAUGACCAGGAUGUGGGAAGAGACGGAUCACAAAGAAGCCGUAGGCGGCAUGCUGAAGAACGGUAAAACAACACAAGCCCAUCUGUUGAGCUUGUUCAAAGUCUGCCUUCGGGUUUACAAGAUGUCUCCGAUCCGAUUCAUGUCAUUCUCCCUUGGGGUAGAGUAUCUUGGUGAUAGGGGGAGUUCAGCAGUAUUCUCCAGAGCAUACUCGGAUGAACUCGCUCGCCUCAUAGUUCAUCCUGCCUUCAAUGGCAAGAAGGAUAAUGUGGCAGUAGCCAUGCAAUACGCUGUAAUAUGCCGUAUUGAUGACCGCCGCUUGUGGCCCGAGACAACCUCAAGACCCGCUUGCCCGGCCCUGAUCAAGAUGGUUGAGGUGAUGAAUGAGUCGGAGACCGGUGAGUCUGAGGACUCCAUCCAUCGAACUCACUUGGAGUGUCGGCGAGAGUGCGCAAGGGAAGGGAAGACCCCUUCAAAGAUCUCUGAUCUCUUGUUUGCAAUUGGCGAGACAGUAAAGAAGCCAACUGUGAAGGGCAUCGAGGUCUCGGAGGAAGCAAAGAGCUAUAGAGGCCUCCCAGUCCGACCCGUGUCUCUAUAUGACCUCAGGCACAUCAAGAAAACCCUUGAUGAGACUACGUGGCCUGUUGAGGCGUGGAAUUGCACCACUACAGAAGCGCUCUUUAGGUACCAGUCUGUCAUAGCCCAGGCGGAGGCUCCUAAUGCAGAGGAACUCCCAAUAUACUUCGAGCGCGCCCACAAGAGGAAGCUGAGGGACUGGAUGCUGAAAAGCAAUUAUGACCCUCAGGUCGAAGAGGAGUCUGAAGGUGCGGGGAUCGACCAAGGUGAAAGUGAUAAUGGAAGCCCACAGGUCGAAGAAGACUUCCAAUUUGGGGGUUUCGACCAAGGCGGAGAUGAUACUGGGAGCCCGAUCACCGUCAAUGCUCCAAGCAACCCCGAACCCUCCAACCCCGAGCCUCGUCACAUGGCUCAACGCCCUCCUCCGUUGGAGACAUUGGCUAAUGUUGCUGCGCAACGGCCAGGGCUAGUCCCCGAUGAGUACAAUCCCUACUUGAGUGUAGGCCAGGGAGUCGGGUCCCCUUCAAAGUCGGAAUUGCUUGCCCAAGUCAACAACCAAGGCAAGAAAAUUGCCGACCAAGAGAAGAGGCUCGCCAAGUACAAGGGAGAAGUCGACGACCUUCGCAAGAGGGUCGCCGCCCUCGAGACUGGACAAGGGAAGCGAAAUGACAACACAGCCUCUCGCUACCACACUGGACAUAAGUCACCAAAGUCGUCAUCGACAGCCGUUCGGUUCGAGGCUCGUCUGUUACCCCAGGCGCCCUUGUCUGUCAGUCCAGACCGUGGCCAAUCGGAGGAUCGUGAAUCUCUACUCGAGCCGCGUAGUGACUCGCCAGCAGGCUCACACCGCGGUAUGGCUGACGAUUUCGACGAGACAGGCUCAUACCACGGUAUGGAUAACAAUGAUGAUGAGCCAAUCUCCCCAAGCCGCUCGGUCAGGGAGAGGAGCAUUGAUCACGAAGGCUCCAAGCACUCCUUUCGUCAAGGAAGUGUCCCUCCACAACUGCCCAGCGACAGGCCACCGGUGCUUGACGACUUCCGACAGUCUCAACACUUCGCAGAUGGGGUCAAGAAUGGAUCAAUUAUGGAUACUGGCAUACCUCGCUCGCAGGUUCAGCGCCAACGACUGCUUCUUGUGCUUCUUGCCAACACACCAUUUACUGGUGUCGGUUGUCUUAAGGCUCGCUCAAGCCACAUUGCAAGACGAACUCAUCCAUUGUAUAGAAUGGCAUAUGUGGACAAGGUGAAGGACCUGUGA